ACCCAUUAAAAGAAUAAAGCUGGAGAGAGCGAGAGUACGAAGUGCGGCAACCCGAGUCAUGGCAGGACAGGCAUUUAGAAAGUUUCUUCCCCUCUUUGACCGAGUAUUAGUUGAAAGAAGUGCACCCGAAGUUGUAACCAAAGGAGGCAUUAUGCUUCCAGAAAAAUCGCAAGGAAAAGUAUUGCAAGCAAUGGUAGUAGCUGUUGGAUCAGGCUCUAAAGGAAAGGGUGGAGAGAUUCAACCAGUUAGUGUGAAAGUUGGAGAUAAAGUUCUUCUCCCAGAAUAUGGAGGCACCAAAGUAGUUCUAGAUGACAAGGAUUCUUUCUUAUUUAGAGAUGGUGACAUUCUUGGAAAAUAUGUCGACGAAAAUAAGUCACUAUUGAAAUGGCAUCACGUGAAGCUGCCCGUUCCCCCAAUGGCAUCACGUGAAGCUGCCACUGAAGUUCUGAAAUCUUUCAUCCUGUAAAUAAUUUCCGUGUUUCUUUUAUAAGAAA